GGAACGGGCUUGGUUAUACCAAAGCCUCGGAAAUUGCAUGAGGGACGCCGAAACACGACGGCUUCUCUGCAAUCCCCCAGCACAAAGCUGCCCGAUCACGGGGAGGGAGCAGGAGGAAGAGACAAAGCGGCUGCUGGAGCCCGCAGCCAGCCCACCCAACAAGGUGCUGAAUGGAGCGGAGCAGAGCUACCACAACCUCCCGUCAGCACGCACUGAUGAGCAGGCCAUGCUGUCCUCCAUCCUCGCCAAAACAGCCAUCAACAUCAUCGACGUGUCAGCCGCGGAUUCCCAGGGCAUGGAGCAGCAUGAGUACAUAGACAGAGCCAGGCAGUACAGCACACGCCUGGCCAUGCUCAGCAACAACCUGACGCACUGGAAGAAGCUCCCACUGCUGCCAUCUCUGACUAACCAACCACACCAAGUGCUCGCCAGCGAUCCUGUCCCCUUUGCAGACCUGCAGCAGGUGUCCCGGAUAGCUGCCUAUGCCUCCAGUGCACUCUCACAGAUCCAUGUUGAUACCAAAGAAGAACUGGUUGUAUGUAUUGGCAUCCCCUGAGCCUGCCCCCCCACCACCACUGCUUCACCGCUUUGGGUUGGUUUUGGGUUUUUUCCCAUUUUUUUCUCUUUAUAUCCCUUCCUUCCCAUGCUGCUGCCACAGAACUUGGACAGAUACCCUGUUUCCCACUAAAUGCCAAGGUGCCCAUCAUUGGCAUGUCGAGCCCACCUGCAUUGCUUGAGG